AAAAAAAAAAAAAUGUCCACCAAUACUGUUAAUUCCACCACUGAUUCGUCUUCGUCCAUUACAAAUGAUUCUAUUCAAAUUAAUGAUUAUCCCCGUUCAUCCAUUAUGGCAAUACCAUAUGAUCAUUCUGAAAUAAAUAUGGCCAAACAAUAUCAACGUCGUUCAACACGUGCAAUGUUUAUCUCCGGUACGGAAAUGAUUACCGUCAUGCAAAAUAAUUUGGUACCGAUGAAAUCAUUUACGAAUGAAAUUCGUUCUAUACGCGAUGUUGAAAUGUUUUUGAAAAAUCCAUUAAUUUUACUUAAUAUUGAUGAUGCCAAUGUUAACAAUAUAAUCGAAAUGAUGAUCAAGAAAAUUGUCGGCACAUCAUCAUCAUUGUUCGGUGAACUGGAAUUGGAACAAUUUCGUCAGGCCAUCUAUAACGAAGACAAUGGUUUUCAAUUUAAAAAUUUUAUUCAAGGCGUUUAUUAUGGUGAUGAUGAUGGUAAUCAUGUUUUACAUGAUUCUACUUGGUGUUGUGUAUUUGCAACGAUUGAAUCAUCGACAUCAUCAUCAUCAUCGUCGUCAUCAUUGUUGUUGACACGUAAAAUUCUAAUCACAAGAUUAUUGAGGCCAACAAAUUUUGGUCCAACAUUGAAUGCUGUACGUUUGAUUAUAUUGAUAAUCGUUCCGGCACCACAGAAAUCAACAAAAAAUGCAUUCGAAAUUGCCCGAACCUAUGCAACAUUAAUGGCCGAUGCUCGUACACGUAAUGAUUUAUUACAUACGAAUGAUGAACAACUAUUUAUCGAUAUUAUUGGUGAUCGUCUUGAACGACUCAAAUCUCGUGAUCAAGAUAUUAUGGAGAUUGAGGAAAAUUUUAAAGAAAUCGAUGAUGAACAAUCGGUACAUUUUCAAUGCUCAUUUGGUCGUGGUAUCCGUGAAAAUUUUAAUCGUCGUAUACGAUAUUAUUGGAGUGAUUAUCGUGAUGGUUUAGAUGGUUGCCAAACAUUGACAAAAGUUUGUUCAUCAACAAUGUCAUUAUUUUUUGCCUGCAUCUUACCAUGUAUUGCAUUCGGCGUACUUAAUCAACAUAAUACCGAAGGAAAAAUCGGCCCAAAAGAAGCAUUACUUGGCCAGGCUAUCGGUGGUUUAAUAUUUGCUUUAUUUGCUGGUCAACCAUUAGUUAUUAUUUCAACUACAGCACCAUUAUGUCUAUAUACAUCGAUUGUUCAUAGUAUUGCCAGUAAUUUAUCCAUUGAUUUUUUCGAUCUUUUUGCUUUGGUUGGCAUUUGGAAUUCAUUAUUUCUAUUAAUUUAUUCUAUAUUUGAUUUAUCACAAUUAAUGCGUCUUUGUACACGAUCAACGGAAGAAUUAUUUGCCACAUUUAUAUUUUUUGCAUUUACAAUCGAUUCAAUUAAAGAAUGUAUCACUAGUUUUCGGCAACAUUAUUAUUGUAUCGAUAUGAAUCAAACGAUGAUUCCUAAUAUCGAUACUAUCGAUGAUAUGGAUUGUGCACCAGAAAAAAGUAUUCUUUUUCUAUUCUUAAUGUUGGGAACAUUUGCAUUAGGAUUGAUGCUUUAUAAUUUUAGCAAAACGCCUUAUUUGAAUCAAUUCUUACGUACCACAUUAGCCGAUUAUUCUCUACCCAUAUCGGUCAUCAUAUUCACUUUGAUUGGUUCGAUCGCAUUCAAACGAAUUGAACCGGAUUCAUUUAAAGUUUCCAAUGGAUAUAAUUUGCAUAUUGUUCAAUUUCAAACAAUGAAUCCAGUAUCAUUAGCACUAUCAUUAUUACUUGGUUUUGCAUUAUCAAUGUUAUUUUUUAUCGAUCAAAAUGUAUCGGCUGCAUUGGUUUCAGCACCAGCUAAUCGUCUAAAAAAAGGUGAUGCAUAUCAUUGGGAUCUGUUGAUUGUUGCCAUCAUUAAUCUUGGAUUAUCAUUGAUCGGUUAUCCAUGGAUGCAUGGUAUUUUACCACAUUCACCAAUGCAUGCUAGAAGUUUGGCCGAUGUUAUUACUGUUGGAUCAUCGUCAUCAUCAUUUUAUUCAAGUGAUAAAUCAAAUAUCCGACAGAUUGUUGUAAAAAGCCGUGAAACACGUAUCACUGGUAUUGUGAUACAUAUAUUAAUUGCCAUUGUAAUCAUAUUUAUACCAUGGAUUCUAUCAUACAUACCUGUUGCCGUUCUAUGUGGUCUAUUUCUAUAUUGUGCCGCAUCAACAUUACGUGAAAAUUCACUAUAUGAACGUAUACUAUUGUUUUUCACUGAACAGACUUCCUAUCCACCAACACAUUAUCUACGGAAAUGUCCACAGCGUAUUGUACAUUCAUUCACAAUGAUUCAAUUGUUUCAAUUGAUUUUAAUAUGCUUUUUCGGUUUUUCACCAUGGGAAUAUGUACAGCUUGUAUUUCCAUUGAUCAUUGCAUUAUUGAUUCCCAUUAGAUGGCUGAUUCUACCACGAUUCAUUGGAAAACAUUAUCUGGCCAUUAUUGAUAAUAAACAUUGUUGAAUAUUCGAUUUAA